AUGAUUCCCGGAAAAACGAAAUGCCAUUCAUCAAAUCGUAAUUGUUCGCCAUAUUCAGGCUCCUCCUCAUCACCUACAAUUCAUGGUUUUACAUUUCCAAAAGUUUGUCUCUCAGCAACCCUGCCUUCAUCCACGUCAUUUACAGAUUCUACAAAUACCACUCGCCAUUCAAUUGUAUGUCAAGAAUAUCAGGCACAGUUAUUUCAAACUAUUAAUCAUUUUCGUUUAAAUGAAGCAUUUACCGAUGUAAAUAUUUAUGUUGAUGGUGUUGUUUUUCCAUCACAUCGUUUGAUAUUAUCAGCUGCUUCACCCUAUUUUCAUGCGAUGUUUUCAUAUAAUUUUCGUGAAUCAAAAGAAGGUAAUGUAAGAAUACAAGAUAUUACACCGUGGACAAUGAAACGCAUUCUCGAUUUUAUAUACAAUGGUCGAACAGAUAUUAAUCAAGAUAAUCUAUUUGAAAUGCUUAAUGCAAGUAUUAUGUUAUCUAUUAAGGAACUGACCGAUUUAUUAAUUAAAUUUUUAUAUUUACAAAUUAAUAUUAAUAAUUGUAUUCAAAUUGAACAAUUAGCCACAUUAUAUUCGUUAGAUACUCUUCGUCGCACAACUCUAAUGUACAUUGUUAACCAUUUUAUGUUAUUAUACGAACAAAAUUUAUUUGUUUAUUUAAAUGAACAUACACUAAUGGAAAUCUUAUCUGAUGAUAAUUUAGAUAUACCAAAAGAGGAAUAUGUAUUUGAUACAAUUAUUAAAUGGGUUAAUUUUGAUUUCAACGAACGUGAACAAUAUUUUCAAAGUUUAUUCAAAUUUAUUCGUUUAAAUAGCAUUAGCGAUAUUGAUUAUGUUACCAAAUAUAUGAGAAAUGAAAAAUUAAUUGAAACACAUCCAACAUGUUUAAAAAUUCUAAAAGAUUUUUAUUCAAAUAAUUUUACGGCAGAUUUAUUAGGACCGAUCAGACCGAGUACUCAAAUAAGAUAUCAUUUAUUACUUAUUGAGUUAUUAGAUGAAAAUAUAUGUGAUGGUGAAGAUGAAAAAGAACAAGAAACAAAAACUGAUAAUGAAUUUACACUGACAAAUAACGGUGAUACAUGUUGUUCAAGUUGUCAUUCAAUAGUAACUGAUUCUGCCGCUUCCUUUUAUCAUAAAUUUGCUGAAGAAUUACGAUUAGAUGAACAUUCAAAAUAUGAUACAACGACUUCACAAAAUGAUAAAUGUGAAAGUUUUGAUCAAAGAUAUACCACAAAUCAAAUUGAUUUAACUCCGUCCAUUACAUAUGGUGAAACAAAACACCGUCGGCAAUGUUGUUAUUUAUAUGCCUAUGAUUUUUUUCGUACACGUUGGCGGUCUCUUGGAUAUCUACCUGAAGCAUUUUCAUCUCUAUCUUGUGUAUCAACCGAUUCAAUAUUCUAUCUGUUUGGUGGUCAAUUAUCAUCGGGUGAAAUAAGCGAUCGAAUAUGGCUAUUUUCUUAUUCAACAUUAAAAUGGCAGUUAUCUCCAGUUAAAAUGGUUCAACCACGAUCUCAUCAUAAAUGUAUACUAUUUCAUAAUUCAGUUUUAUUAUUUUUUGGUCAAACAAAAGUGUCUGGUGAAAUUCAAUCAUGUAAAACUGUUGAUAUGUUUGAUUUAUCAACAGAAGUAUGGACAUGUUUAUGUCAAACUUUACCCACAUAUCAAUGUGAACCAAUUGUGGCCACAAAAGAUUGGUUGUUAUUGUCAAAUAGAAAUGAUACACAAAUGUUACAUACAUACAAAUUAAGAGACGAUAAACAACAGCGAUCACAUAUUUCAGAAGAUUUAUCCAGUCAACUUCAAGAACAAGAUCACGAUCGACUUAGUUCAGUAUCAUCGUUGGAAAAUGACAAUACAUCAACUGAAUUAAUUCAAUCGGCUAAGGCAACUGGUUACUAUAUGUUACCAAAAAAUGUUGGAAAUUAUUAUUUAGUUACGGAUCAAGAUGAUUUAUAUCUAGUCUAUUAUCAAUCAAAACAAAUUUAUCGUUUUAACUUAGUUCGAAAUGAAAUUCUGCCAAAACAACCCAUGUUAUAUUCAUGUACAAAUGGUAAUUGUGUUCUUGUCGGUCGAAAAUUAAUUAUAACUGGUAUGGUGUCCAUGUCAUCGUCAAAUAUUACUGAUGCUGAAAAAGAAGUUUUAUCCACAACAAUAAAGAAUGAUCAAAAAUGGUUAAUACAAAUUUAUGCUUUAGAUGAAGAUAGAUGGUAUUUAUUAAAUGAACCAUUGCCAACAUAUAGAAAACAUCUUCUCUUAAUGGGAAAAUUAUCUUGA